AAUAUAUAAUAUACAAUAGAAUCUUCAAAGAUUUACAUAUUUGAGGAUAAUAAAAAAAAUAUAUAUAUUUUAUAUUGGAUCUUCUGUUUUUUAUAAUAUACAGUGAAUUGUAAAAAAAAAAUUAAUUUUUUUAUUGAAUUGAUUUUCGUUUUUUGAAAUACAAAACAUCGAAACUUAUUAAUUUUAGUAAAAAAAAUCUAAAUGUUUAAAUAUUUGUAUUUAUUUUCUUUAUUUUAUUUUGUUGUAAUUAACAAAUAAUGAAUUUGUAAUAAAUUUAUUUGUUUUAAAAAUAUUCUAAAACAUUUUGCUUUAAAAAAAUAAUUUUAUUUCUAUAUUAUGAGAAAUUUAAACAAAUUUUAUAACCUUACUUAAAUCUUUCUAGAUUUAUAAAUUUUCUUCAAAUUUAAAUUUAUCGUUCUUUAAAAAUUAAUUUUAUUUAAUAUAAUGAUGUAAAAAUUAUUUAAUAAAAUUUAUAAAAUACUAACCUAAUUGACAAAUCAUACGAUUUAUUUGCACUUACAUAUAUCAAUAUAUAAAAAAUUUUUAAAUAUUUCAAAUGUUUUCUUUUAUAUUAAAUGAAUAAUAUUAUUUUAUUAUAUAAGUCAUGUUGCAAUUUAGUUAUCAAAAUGAACAGCAUAAAACAUAAAAUAUGUAUGGUAUCUGAUUUCUUUUAUCCUAAUAUGGGUGGUGUUGAAGAACAUAUUUUUAAUUUAUCUCAAUGUUUAUUAGAACGUGGACAUAAAGUUGUAGUGCUUACUCAUUCCUAUGGUGAUAGAAUUGGAAUACGUUAUAUGACAAAUGGUUUAAAAGUAUAUUAUAUACCAGUAAAAGUAUUUUACAAUCAAUGUGUUCUUCCCACAAUGAUUUGUUCUAUUCCCCUCAUUAGAUAUAUUUAUUUAAGAGAAGAAAUUCAAAUAGUGCAUGGUCAUUCUGCAUUCUCUGCUCUUGCUCAUGAAGGAAUGUUAAUUGGCCGUUUAAUGGGACUGAAAACUAUUUUUACAGAUCAUUCACUUUUUGGCUUUGCGGAUGCAUCUGCAAUUUUAACAAAUAAAUUUUUAGAAAUAUCAUUAGCUGAUUGCAAUCAUUGUAUAUGUGUAUCACAUACUGGAAAAGAAAAUACAGUAUUAAGAGCAAAAGUUUUAAAAGAGAAAGUUUCUGUUAUUCCAAAUGCAGUUGAUACAACAUUAUUUAUGCCUGAUAUUAAUAAAAGAGAUGAUAAUUUUAUUACAAUAGUUAUUGUAUCGCGAUUAGUAUAUCGCAAAGGUGUCGAUUUAUUAGCUCGCAUUAUACCCGAUCUUUGUAGUCGAUACCAAGAUGUUCAAUUUUUAAUUGCUGGUGAUGGUCCUAAAAGAUGGCUCAUAGAAGAAGUACGAGAAAGAAACUUAUUACAACAUAGAGUUACAUUACUUGGAAGUUUGGAACAUUCUCAAAUUAGGCAUGUAUUAAAUAAAGGACAUAUAUUUCUUAAUACAAGUUUGACAGAAGCAUAUUGUAUGGCAAUCGUUGAAGCUGCGUCAUGCGGUUUACAAGUUGUUUCAACAAAAGUUGGUGGUAUACCUGAAGUAUUACCUCCUGAUUUAAUUUAUUUAGUAGAACCUACAGUACCUGCUCUUAUUGAAGGAUUAGAAUCUGCUAUUACAAAUUAUAAAAAAGGCAAUAUUAGAUGUCCAAUGGAAAUGCAUAAAAAAAUAAGUUUAUUUUAUAACUGGUUUAAUAUUACUAAAAGAACGGAAGUAGUAUACAAUUUAGUAAAACAAGAAAGUAAUAAAAAUUUAGGUCAACAAUUAGUAAGCUAUAUUCGAAGUGGAGUAUUACCUUAUUUACUUGUCAUAUCCUUAUGCUACAUUAUUUUACAAAUUUUAGAAAUUCUUGUACCUCGAAAGUAUAUUGAUAUUGCAAAAGAAUAUACUGAAACUGAUGUCAUAAAUCCUCAAGAAAAAAUAAAAGAAAAUUAAUAUUUUCAAGAUUUAUAAAGAAAAUUAAUAUUUCAAGAUGUACAAUAUACCAGUUUAAGUACUUAUACUUUAUAUUAUAUAUAAAUACAUUCCUAUCAGUAUGGUAGUCAUUAAUUUUAAUUUUAAUGUAUCUUUUCAUAUAAGAGAUACAACAAAUUGUUCAUAAGUAUAUUUUUUAAUAAAAUUCUUUUUGAUAACAUAUUUUCAUAUUAUAUACAUAUAUAUAAAAAACUGCAGUGUCUAAAGUACAAAUAAAAUUGUUAAAAAAGAUUAAAUUAAUAUAAAAUUAUAUUAUUUUUAUUUCUUUAUCUUUACAAGAAAUGAUUCUAUAAUAAUUUAUAAAAAUAAUUUUUAAUAUUGUUUUAAAAAUUAUGCUUGUUUACAAAUUCAUAUAUAUAAAAUACAUUUCAUUAAUUAUUUUUUCUUUUACAUAUUGUUUUAUCUAUUGUAAUUUUAAUCAAAUAAAAAGUAAUUUUAAUUAAAUAAAAAAUUUGUAUUUAAAAAAUAAAAAAGGUCAAAUUGAAAAUAUA